UCUCUCUCUCUCUCUCUCUCUCUCGUAAGUCUCAUCUUCUCCCUACUGUAAAACCCUAAUCCGAAGCGUUCAGCUUACAGUUUAGACAUUGAAAAACCCUAAUCCGAAGAACAAUCUGAAUCCAAACACUCCAAUCCUCAUCUGAUUCCCUCAGUCGCUCCCAUCUCAGUUGCGUCUGCUUCAGCAAUGGGCUCGAAGAAGAAGAACAAGAACAAGAACGGGGACAAACCAAAGACGGAGAGUGACACCGCCGUCAACAAUGGUGACGGCGGGAAUACCAUCACUGACUCGAGGUUCGCGGCGGUGCACUGGGACCCUCGUUUCCAGAGAGUUCCGAAGCACAAAGCUAAGGUCACGAUCGACUCUCGUUUCGACAGCUUGUUCUCCGACAAGAGGUUCUCGUCCUCCGCAGCUCCGAUAGACAAGCGGGGCAAGCCUAAGAAGCAGAAUUCGCAGAAUUCUCUGCGGCAUUACUACCGGAUGGAUGAAGAUAAAGAGAGAAAGGAGGAAACUAAGGAGGAGGAGGAGCAGGAGGAAGAGGAGGAGGAGGAGAGCGGUAGCGAGGAAUUGGAACCGAGUACUGAUGUUGCGAAGAGAGCCGAGCUGAGCUCUGACUCUGGGGAGUUGGAGUCGGAGGAGUGUGAGUCUGAGUCUGAGGAUGAGGCGGUGAGUGCUGAGUCGGAGUCGACCACGGACACUGAUGAAGAAGACGUAGGAGAUGCUGAUGAGGAAGAAGAAGCUGAACAGCUGGAGGAGAGCAUACCCUGCAUUGAGAAAGAGACCCGCAGGCUAGCAGUUGUCAAUAUGGAUUGGAGCCAUGUGAAGGCUGUUGAUCUGUAUGUCCUUUUGAGUUCAUUUCUACCCAAAGAAGGACAAAUUUUAUCGGUUGCUGUCUAUCCAUCUGAGUUUGGACUGCAACGUAUGAAAGAGGAAGAAAUUCAUGGACCAGUUGGCCUUUUCGAUGAUGAAGUUGAUAAAGAUGAUGAAAAUGACGAAGAUGAAAUUGACGAUGAGAAGUUGCGUGCUUAUGAGAGAAGUAGGCUGAGGUAUUAUUUUGCUGUGGUGGAAUGUGAUUCGACGGCUACAGCGGAUUACCUCUAUAAUGCUUGUGAUGGAGCUGAGUUCGAGAGAUCAUCAAAUGUUCUUGAUUUGAGAUUUAUUCCUGAUUCAAUGGAAUUUAAGGACCCCCCUCGUGAUGUUGCGACAAAGGCACCUGAAAAGUAUGAUGGUUUGGAUUUCCAAACACGAGCUUUACAGCUGAGUAAGAUGGAUCUAACAUGGGAUGAAGAUGAACCAGAUCGUGUGAAGACCUUAAAGCGCAAGCUAAAUGCUGAUCAGCUGGCUGAUUUGGAGCUGAAGGAGUUCUUGGCUUCCGAUGAGAGUGGAUCCGAUGAAGACGACGAAAAUGAGAAUCCCACGGAGGAUCAGUCUGAUAAGAAGGAUAAGAAGCGAGAGAAGUACCUUGCUUUACUUCAAGGGGAUGGGGAUUCCGAUGGCAAUCAUGAAGAUGAAGACAAGCAAGAUUUGGAGAUAACUUUCAAUUCUGGGUUGGAAGAUUUGAGCAAGCGGAUUUUAGAGAAGAAAGAACAGAAAUCAGAGAGCGUCUUUGAGGCAAAUCUCAGGAAGAGACGCGAGAAGAAGAAGAUGAUGAAGAAGAAUAAAUCCAAGGACUCGUCAGAUGAUGAAGAUUACAGUGAUAGUGAAUUGGAAGGAGCAGAAGAAAUGGGAGACUUCUUCAUCGAAGAGCCUCCUGCUAAGAGGAGUAGGAAGGCUGGUCGAAAUAAGGGAAAGAAAGCAGAGAAGGUACUGCAAGACGGGGAAGCAGAAGCGACCAGAGCUGAGCUUGAGUUGCUAGUUGCUGAUGAAACCGGAGGAGAUAAUGGUCUUAGGGGAUAUAAUAUUAAACGUAAAAAGGAUAAGGGGAAGAAAGGAAAAGAAGGUCUGGAAGAGGUUAUUGCUAAAAUACCAACUGUUGAUUAUAAUGAUCCUCGGUUUUCUGCUGUCUUCACUUCGCCGCUCUUUGCUCUGGACCCAACAGAUCCUCAGUACAAAAGGAGUGCUACUCAUCUUCGGCAGGUAGCCCUGAACCAUAAGAAGGGUGACAGGCAGGAAACUGUGAACGGAGAGUCUGACAAACCAGCAAACGAUGCAGACCUGCCAUCUGGCAGCCUGGAGGUGAACAAGGAUGAGAUGGCGAGAUCCUAUCCGCAGCCCUCUAGGAAGGAAAAAAUAGAACUGUCCUCCUUGGUGAGGUCACUGAAGAUGAAAUCAAAGCAGGUUCAGUUGCCGAAGAAGGAUGGGAAAAUGCGUCUCAGAGAUGAGGUUCGUGAGAAGAUUGUGGAGGAGAAACAUGAGCUACCAAGCAUGCAAUCACUAAAGACGAAGAAGAAGAAGAACAAAGAUUAAUUAAACAAAAGAAGUUUUGAGAGAAUUUGUUGUCGAUUUGCUCGAGUUCUUCCAUAAUUGUGAAAUGCGUAAGAUAUCACAGUUUUGGUAUUGGUGGCUCUGGUAUUUUGGUUCAAACAGCUUAUCUUAGACGGGAGGAAACUGUAGAGAAGAGAAAGAUAUCAUCAAUAAAGUCGGAUUUUGUUUGAGAUUAUGUUGCUCAUGACUGAACUUCCUUUCCUCUCACCAUUCUUUUCUGUUAUGUGAAAAAUAUCGAGGUCCCCUCUAUUUUAAUCA